GGUUCAGCUGUGAUUUCAUAUAAAUUCUUUCAAUUCAUAUCAAUUCUUUUAGUUCAUUUUCAAAUAUUCUUGGCAGCAAGACAUCAUGAAGUUUUUACUCCUCGCAGUCAUUGUGGCCACUGCAGCAGUCCAGAUUUCCCUUGGCAUUUCUGUGGCCAAGCGUAGUGUUGCCGAUGGCAAGGAUAAUUUUAAAGCCAUGAUGGCCGACGUUAAAUCUCGUGUCCAGGCAAAUGUUAAGGCCAUACCUGACAUGGAGGCCUAUGCGAAAUAUAAAAAUGAGUUUUCUGAGAUUUUAAAAGAAUUUGAUGAACCAAACGACAAGGUGGUGUGCAGUGCCAAAAUGGUGGCCAUAUUGGACAAGCUUUACGAGGCGAUUAACAAAGUCAAGGCCGAUGACAGUGAAAGUGCGAGGAAAAUUCUCGAAAUAGCCCGAGCGAAUAAGGAUGAAAAUUUCGAUACGAAUUUUAAGGCAGGUCUGGAAUAUGCAAGACAUCCGGAAGUGUUUGAAGAAGAAUAUUGUUAGUGUUCUGACUUAAAAGAAGAAAUA